AUGGCUUCCUUGGCGUUAAACGCAGAAGCUCCCGAAUUUCACCCCACCAACCAAGUUCAAAAACUUCAACCUCCAUACCUCACUUUUUCUCCUCUCAGACAUCAACCUUCUUACCCUUUUUUCUAUUACUACUACCCUACUGCCACAAAGCAUCACUUUCACUCAUCCACCUACUUCUCCUUUCGCUUUCACACAAACCAACAUAUCACCACCGCAACUCCCACUUUCCCGCCAUCUCGCGGUAUGAUAAAGGAAAUAGCGGUGGAGGCGGCAUCUUCAGAGGCUAAUGCUAAUGGAGAUAUGGAAGACCGUCGUUCUCACAGGAUGAGAAUCCCAAAGCUUCAGUGGAGGAGAAAAGGAGUAGAUGGUGCUGAAAAAUAUCCUAACCUUAAGAGUGAGAGUCUGAGAAAGAAUCAUCACAAAAAAUAUGUUAAUAUCUAUGAACAACACUCUAGGGCUUCCACCGACAGGAAGAAUAAAGGAAGUGUUUUUCCCGUGGUUCCAGUUCGUCCGGACGGAGAUGAAACUACUGUUAUGAUAAGAAACAUUCCUAGCAAAUACACUCGAGACAUGGUGGUGAAGUUCCUAGAGAACCACUGCAUGGUUGAAAAUGCAAAGGAUCAUGAUAAUGGUGAAGAAAACACUUUCGCCUUUGAUUUUGUCUAUUUGCCGAUAGAUUUCAGAACUGGUCUGAAUAAAGGCUAUGCUUUUGUUAAUUUCACUAAGCCUAGUGCAGCUUGGAGAUUUCUUGUAACAGCUUCAAAUCAGAAGUGGGAAUUGUUCCUUUCCCAUAAGAUACGUGAUGUGGUUGCUGCACGCCUCCAGGGAAAACAGAAACUGGAGAAGCAUUUUGAUAGUGUGAAUUUUCCCUGUGAGUCCGAGGAGGUCCUGCCACUAUGCUUCAGUCCACCUCGGGAUGGUGUGAAGAAAGGAAACCAAAGGACACUGGGGAGGCUUCUCUAUAAGCCUCAGUAGUAUGUGUUGUAUGUGUGUAGUUAGUUAGGUUUAAAUAUGGUAUGAACUUGAUGAGAUAAGUAUAUUUUGUUGUGUGUAAUUGUCCAUUCCACGAAAUAGUUGGGUGGAGCUUGGCCACUUUAUCUCUUCAAAGGGAGGGUUGUGUGGUGGGGUCCACCCUUCUUGUGGAUAACUAGCCAGCUACUAGGGUUUUGGUUCACUUCAAUCUAUUCUCUGCUGUUUGUGUUGGUGGUGAAAUGAAGUAGGAUAUGAUGUUUGAUUGUACUUGGUAGGGUUUAUGGCCUUUUUGCCCUACUAAAAAA